AUGUGCAGUGCCGAGCAUGGACUAAAAGAGACAGGGAUUCUCCCCCUGCUGCUUCGCUCCGGGGCAAAUGUUUGUUUCGAGAUGAAGGAUGAAGAUGGCCCAGUAGCGACGACAGUCCUCCACUGUGCAGCCAUGGAAGAUGACCCGUCGAUUUUAGCGGUACUCCUUGGCUCGGAAACUGCUAAUGUCAACUUCCAGCUUCGGAAAUCACCGAGCAAUAUUCUAGUGAAAGAUGAUGACCCAACCAUAGACCAAUCGAGCAUCGAUGGGCGAAGAAGUUCAAGCACAAAGCGCACGGUAUCACGGAACGGCUCUGAUUGCGAUGGUGGAAGAGGCACCGGCGGGUGUAGUGAGGAUGAAGGUUCAGAAGCAGGCAGUGAAGAUGAUGACAGCGCCCUCAUGCCCGACAAUGAUUUACUCUCUGGCUUCAAUCGUGAUGAUCAUCGAUCUGACUUGUCUAAGUCAACCGACCUAUCGCUGAGUCAAAAUUUCAAGAUAGGGGCCACUCCCCUACACCUCGCAGCAAAAUGUCGAUUGGUGAAGAAUGUUAAGCUUCUUCUCGAGCAUGGAGCCGAUCCGCAUAUCAAAAAUGCCGAUGGCCAUACAGCCAUGGAUUUAGUUCUCGGACCGACCCCUACUUACUUCAGUAGUGAGGACAAGGCCUUUACUUCUGAGAAAGUGGAAAUCACAGAAUUGCUUCAAAAAUAUGGGCACAUUUCAUCGGAUGGUGAAGAGUCCCUCCUUGGGGUUACCUCUACUGAUGACUAA